CUGGAAAUCAGUUCAGCAGUUUAACUUGCCACAAAUAUGUCUCUGCGUCUGGUUCUGAUUUGCUUGGCCAUCCUGGCCGUGGUUUAUGCGCAGCCUGCGCCAGGAGCUCCCGAGGCCAUCGAGACUUCUGAGCCAGUUGAGGAGACUUCACAGGAAGCAACAAGUAAUCCUUAUCAACGUACAUUCGUACUGCUGCUGCCCUUGCUGUUCCCCAAUCAAUUCUAUUUUUCCUAGUUCAAUAAAAUCAAUCAUCUGAGCAUUUAA